AUGAGCGGCCUAAUACCGCUACUUUUGCCGUCAUCUGCGGGCAGCAGAUCAAGCAUGAACUCAUCUCCUAUUGAGGCAAACCGAAGAGCAUCAGUUUCUUCGUCUCUGUCCCCAUCUUCGUCUCCACCUCCGUCCUUGAUCCACCGUCGGCAACAAUCUUUACCGACCCUAAGGGCAACGAAGCGUGGCUCACUUAGCCUGCCGACUACAAUCCCAAUCAUCCCUUUCACCUCAAUGGAGUGGAAGAGGGCUAUAGACGAGGUGAAGCGCAAAUAUCUUAACCGCAAAUAUCGGGCAUGCUCGGCAAGAUGCUGUGAGAUUCUAGAUAAUCUUAAGGAUUCGUAUACUGUGGAACCCCUUUACUUGAUCUACUUGCAUUUUUAUGCUGCCUGCUCUUUCGAAUUAUGUGCACGACCUCUAUCGUGCUCAUCUAACUAUCGCACGAGACUGCUCCGCGAUGCUCAAAUCCACUAUAAUAAAGCUGAGGCGUUGAUUCGGCAUACCGAAGAGAACGUUACUCGCAGGAUUAGGUCUGCGUCGUCAUCAAGCUCCACUACUUCUAGCCUCCACUCUCCGGGUCUAUCACCUAGCGUACGGUCGUCGGUUUCAAGUACAACGCUGUCAUCACCCAGGACAUCGGUAUGCUCGGUUGACGAUACAACUGCAUUGAAGUCAAGUGGAAGACCGGUUAAGGCUAAGAAAAAGGUCUCAUUUUCUGGAUUGAACGACCUUAUCGAAUUCCAACCUGAGCCAUAUAUCCGGCCAGAUAGUCCAACGUUAGGGUGGGAAGAUGAUUUCGUUCCUCAGCAUAAUGAAAGCACCCUCCCCCUAUUCUUAGCGGAUAAGAUCAAUCCACCAAAGCCUGAGCUAUCGACAGAAUCAGAGCCACCACGCACAACUACAACUAUCGGUCAAUCGUUAGAAGAAUUGAACCACGCGGAUGACAAAUUUGAUCUCGAUACCUUCUUGCAGUCGCGGUCUGUACAUAGAAUAUCUGCACAGCUCUCUGCCUUACGCUUACAAGUGUCUUGGCAUCGUAAUGGGGUUGAAGCCUUACUUGCUGCACCCGAUGAUACACCGGCGACGCCUACGCUCUUAACUGAUAACUCGGUUGUUCCUUCUACACCCAUCACUCCGCCGCGAUCAGCUCGCGCAAAUACUCUGCCAACUAGCGUUGGGCGGGAUUCGGACUCGCCCGAUGAGUCAGCUCCGUGGACGGCUCCCGGUCUACGAUAUAGCUUCGCUCAUUCGCCAAGCUAUGACAGCCCUAGAGCCCUUAGCCGACCGGCUUCCGUGGCCUCUACGAUACGUUGCACCGACGAAGCUUUACAGCAACGGAUUGAGCGAUUACGUGCCAAUGGUUGGCAACGAAAGCGCUUUGAUAGUCGACGAUAUGAAGUUUUGCGAGAACAAGUCCUCGGCGAACUUGGAGCGUAA